AUGGCUUCUUGCUCGGCUUCGCCUCUAGGCUGUACAGACAUCUGCUACCUACACCGCCUGAUACAUGUCUAUCAGCUAAUUGCUGCAGAUAAAGUCCUUCGCUCUCUGCUGUCCAGUCAUGGGGCCCACCUGAUAUCACAGAGGGGGCCCCAAGCUCCCUCCUCUGCUGCUGCUGCUGCUGCAGGCCGCCCUGCUGCUGCUCUUCCUUGCUCUCUAUGUGAUGAGCAGCAACUGCAUGCAAAAGCAGCAGCAGAUGUCUCCGCACUGAAGGCACACCUCCUCGCAUCCAAUACACAUGCAGACAACUUGGAUUCAGCAGCAGCAGCAGCAGCGACAGCACAAGAAACCGAGGCAGCAGUUGCUGCUGCAGUCCCUGCAGCAACAGAAGAAGCUGCAACUGCAGCACAAGCAGUAGUCUCAACAGAAGGAAAUGCAGCUGCUGCAGCAGAAGCAGAAACAGCUGUUCUAGCAGCGGCAGAAGCAGCAGAGGUUGCAUCACCAGCCGCAGCAGCAGCAACAGCAGCAGCAGCAGCAACAGCAGCAGCAGCAGCAGCAGCACUGGAUGAGCGGUUAGAUAUGAAAGAAGGUGUAGAGGUCAGGAGUCAGGGACAGGAGGGGCAGCAGAGCACUGCUUGUUCCAGCACUGCAGCAAGCACAGCAGAUGAAGAUACAGAAGCUGCUGCUCCUGCUGCUGCUGCUGCUGCUGCUGCUGGCGAGCCGCUGAUGUUUGUUUAUGAUGAUGAAACUGGUGCUGCAGUGUUGUCGGAUUUCUCUGCAGCAACAGGCAGCUGCUGCUUCUACAACGAGGAAUGCAGCAGCAGCAACAGCAGCAACAGCAGCAACAGCAGCAACAGCAGCGGGCUCAACUGCCACAACUGCAGCAGCAACUGCAGCAGCAGCAGCAGCAGCCCGCCUUCUAGUACCCCGAUCCCCCUGCCUCUGUCGCUUGGAAACGGCAGCAGCAGCAGCAGCAGCAGCAAGAACAACAACAGUAGCAGGUGCAGCAGCAGCAGCAGCAGGAGCAGCAGGAGCAGCAGCAGGAGCAUUGGAGGGCGAUGCUUACUGGGCCGAGUGUAUGUAGACGGUGUAUUUGAUUUGCUGCACUCUGGUCACUUGAAUGCAUUAAGACAAGCGCGAGAAUUAGGGUGUUGUUUAGUAGUCGGUAUAAACGGCGAUGAAGCAGUAUUAGCAGCAAAAGGCUUCCUUCCUGUCUACAGUGCAGCAGAAAGAGCAGAAGUAAUAGCUAGCUGUAAGUGGGUUGAUGAAGUUGUUGUAGGGACACCCUACGCAGUGUCUACGCACCUUCUAGAUGCUCUAUCUUGUGAAUUUGCUGCUCACGGGGACGACUGGGUGUGCAGCUCGACAGGUGAAGACGCAUAUGCAGGCCCGAGAGCAGCAGGAAGGAUGAAAACGUUCGCGAGGACUGAAGGCGUCAGCUCAACAGCAAUUACUAAAAAGCUGCUGCAUGCAACAGCACAUCUACCUCUUUCUCCUCCUCCUGCUGCUCCUGCUGCUCCUGCUGAUGCUGCUGAUGUUGCUGAUGUUGCUGCUUCGUAUGAGGGUGCUGCUUGUGAUGCUGCUGCUGCUGCUGCGAGUGGUGCUGCUGUUGCUACGUCGGGGGGGACGGAUGCUGCUGCUGAAACAGCAGCAGCAGCAGCAGCAGCAGUUACUUCGAGGCAGCAGCAGCAGCAAACCGCUGUCCAGCAGUUUUUUAGUUCUUCACAAGCCACGCAAAUUAAUGCAGCGCAUACACCACAAUUGCUGCAGCAGCACGACGCAGCAGCAGCAACAGAAGAGACAGAAACUGCUGCAUCAGAAGCUGCAAGUGCUGAAGACACAGCAGCAGCAGCAGCAGCAGCACCUGCAACAGGAGCAUCCGCAGCAUCUACAUCAUCAUCAGCAUCAGCAGCAGCAGCAGGUGGGCAGACAGCGGAAGACCCCACAGCUGCUGCGCAUGCAUCGCAGCCCUCAAGAAGCACAAACCUCUUCUUAUCUUCUAAACGGCUUCUGCAGUUCAUCGGCACCCCAAAGAAGCCAAAGAAAGGAGACAGAAUUGUCUACGUAGACGGCUCCUUCGAUGUGCUUCACGGUUAG